CGGAGGCGGUGGCGCCUGACGCAGCGCGGCCGGUGCCGGCCUUGGCCCGCCGCGCUCCGCCCCUGCCCGUCUUCGCCGGCCGGCUCGUAGCGCGCUGCCGGAGCCGCCGUGCUGCCUUCCUGCCCCCACCGCCGCCGCGGGGCCGAGAGCGAGGGCGGCCAUGAAGAUCUGGAGCUCGGAGCACGUGUUCGGGCACCCCUGGGAUACAGUGAUCAAAGCUGCUAUGAGAAAGUAUCCUAACCCAAUGAAUCCAUGUGUAGUAGGAGUAGAUGUCCUCCACAGAAGCCUUGAUAAUCAGGGGAGGUUGCAUAGUCACCGUCUUCUCAGCACAGAAUGGGGACUACCAAGUAUUGUAAAAGCGAUUUUAGGAACAAGUAGAACUCUGACUUACAUUAAGGAACAUUCUGUGGUAGAUCCAGUGGAAAAAAAGAUGGAGCUUUGCUCAACUAAUAUUACUCUCACAAAUUUGGUGUCUGUUGAUGAAAGACUGGUUUACACACCUCAUCCGGAAAACCCCGAGAAAACUGUGCUAACUCAAGAAGCAAUUAUUACUGUCAAAGGCAUUAGCUUGAGCAGUUAUUUGGAAAGCUUAAUGGCAAACACAAUAUCUUCUAAUGCCAGAAAGGGUCGAGAUGCCCUGGAAUGGGUGAUCAGCAAAUUAAACACAGAACUGGAGGAACUCAAGUCAACGCGUGAAAACAUGAAAUCAGCCAUGGCAGCAGCAUCAACAGAAAACUGGAGCCAAAAACUACCAAGUAACUGACAGAAAAGUCUUAUUCUGCAAACGUUUUUGUAGAUCUCCCUUCCAAGGUUGAUCUGCACAGGUUUUAUAUGUUUAUAAGAAUAUUGGAUCAGAGGAAAAAUCUAGGAAAAGUAACCUUAUCCCCUGUCUCCAAGGCAGCUCCUGUUGCCUACUGAAUGUGACCUCCUGCAAAUGCUCUUUUUGUUUAAACAACCUCCUUUAAACAGUGGAAACAGAACAUUUAGCACAUUUAAAACUGCCCAAAAUGUGCCUUCUAUAACAAAAGUGGAGAAUAUGUUUCUUAUAUUUUACACCAUCUUAGCUUUUUGUACUCUAACUUUAAAAGAACUCGUUCGUUUAUUAAGGGUUUUUCAUAAGAGCAUUUGUUCUAUGAAGGUCUGAUAGGUACUAAAGCGCUGAAUUUUGUCUGUUUUGUAACCUCUUAUGACCAUUCAAAGGGAACUAUGUGAGAGAGAAUGUGAUACCAUAGAAAAAGAUACCUUGAGGAUCAUCCCAAAAAGCUAAAACUUGUGUGGUACUAACUCUUCUUAGGUGUUUAAAUGUGCUGUCUGAACGAGACACACGGAUACUUUACCUCUUGGAUGUUUGUAUCCAAACAUAGAUAAAGUUUCUAUUGAUGUUAAUAGUCUAACCCAGUUGCUUUUUGUAGGGAGAAGGGUAUAAUUUAUUGUCAUAUUUAUUAACCUGCUGUAGUUCCUCUCUUCACUACCAGAAGAGCAGUGGUAAUUCCUGCAAGGCGCUGGAAAAUACUUCUGUCAUUUAUUUGCAAGAAGGCUACUUGUAGGCUACUUGAAUGAAUAGACUGUGCUGUUCCACCGGUCCUUGCUUUUGACAUCAUGUCUUAACAGAGGAAGACACUCCGAUGCAAUAAGUAGAAGAGCUCAAAUGAGAAAUAAGCAAGAAACUUGAAAUCCAAAGGGUAGUAUCUCAUAAGCAGGUACCUCUUUUUUCUCUAAAAGAAGACAAAAGUAGAAGAAAAAACAAAUGGACUCUCCUUUUUCAGUGCUUUCCACAAACUACUGACUACUGGUUUAACUUAGUUUUUUUAACAUUUUGCCAUAUUGGCACAAAAUAUUGUUAGGAUCGUUUUAAAUAUUUCUCAUUAUGUGGAAAAAUACUCUAGUAACUGCAGGAAUUGCUUUCUUAAAACAUGCUUAAAUACAGAUUGAUACCGGAGUAUUAGCCUUUGUUUGAAGUUCACAAAAACUUUCUUUUUUGGUCCAGGCAUAGCAUACAUGUUUUAUGCAGCCCUCUGUUAGGGCAUUUUAACUUAUUUUUUUUGUGUGCACACAAACUGAAAUAAAUGUUGCAGGGAUGUUUACUGGUGCCAAUGGCAACCAUGUCUUUAGGAAGCUGUUAAAGAGAACGAGUAAAAAGUAGAAGUAGUAAAAUGUUUGUCACUCCGUUUUGAGCUCAUAACUUAAAAGUGUCUGUAGCUUAAGGGAAAUUGCAGAGUCCAUGUUUUGUAGCUUGAAAGUGAACGUUAAUUUGGGUGUAACUAUAGUCUAGGUGAAUUAUAUGAUCCUAAUGAAUAAACUUAAUUUUUAAAAAAUAUAUUAGUCAAAAGCAAUGAACUGAGAAGCUAAUAUUCACAUUGCUCUUUUAAUAUGGACCUAAAGCCUUUAUUUUGGAACAGAAACUUAGAACUUUAAGGUGUGGUAGCAGCUCCUCUUGUGGAAGAUGUGCUGUAUAGUUUUGGUGUGAGUCAGUUGUCAUGCUUUUCUAAUGAAUGUCGUGCCAGUCCCUGGAUAAAGAGUGCAGGAGAAUGUUACAGCUUGUCGUGAUGCCCUGCUAGAAAGCGGAAGGCAGCUACAGCAGAGCUGCGUGAGCAGCAGGAGGAGAUGAGUGCAUGUGAGUAUGCAUGUGUAAACCUGUACUACAGCAUUCCCAUGUAUGCCUAUUGCAGGUGAUGGAAACUUGAGUGUGAAGAGGUAGAAAAGUCUUAUGACAUGUUCAUCUAUUGUUUCAGUUCAGUGCAAGAAUUGUCUAAAGCCACUUCUUACACUGGAUUUGAAAUAAUUGCUUAGUGUUGUGUUCAAGUUGGCUAAUUUAUGUAUAGCAACUUCCAGUGCUGGCUGAUGUUACAGAAAAGUCACUGCAGGCUCCUGUUUUCUGUCCAGAGCCAACCUUGUCUGCCACACCUUGGUCAGUACAAGUUAUGCAUCAAUUUUCUAGAUGACUUUAUUUAUGCUUUUUUUUUGUCUUCCACAAACAAAUCCAUAGAUGCCUGUGUAUACACGUCUUUUCUGUUUUCAUUGCACACUGUAAGUUUUAGGCUGUUUUCUCUCCAUUUCACGCUAUUCAAUCAAGAGCUAGACAGCUGGGUGUGUAGUUGGACACUCUCUCUGCUCUCUCUCUCUUGCCACCGGUUGGCACCUUGCCUGCUUGUGCUCUGUCCUCUUCUGCUUUUCUCUAGGCUAAAUGGGAGAGGGGAGGAGGGAGAAUUUCUUCCAAAGGUCUGGCCAGUCACCCAGCCGCCUCACGCUGCUGCCAGAACAGCGCUGCUGUUUCCAACCUUUUUGCCUUCUGGGCUUAUUGAUCUUCCCUGUGGUAGGUGGUUUUUACAUGUGUGUCUGUAGGACCAUGCAGUCAGUGGUCACAUUUGGACUCGGUAGACUUUGCUUCAGUGUUUAGCAGAUGAAGCGAUAAGUAAUUUGCUGUAAGCUUCCCUGGAGACUUUCACUCUUUUGUCUGCUACUCGUUUGAUUUGAAUGCAGGUCUCCCAAGCUUCCUCUCCCUUGACCACAUGAGUCCUGUCUGGGGGAUCUGAUGGUAUGUACAGCGUUGCUUCCCUGACAGUUUUUAAGGCACUCUGUCUACCACAGUGUUACAGUCUGAAGUUAGCUGUUGGGCCAAAAAACCUGUGGAAUUGCAUAUCUUGUUCUUGCACACCAGUCCUUCCCUAGAGAAGCUCUCCCCCCCUCAUCCUUUCUUUAUUUAUUGAUAAUGGCUACAACGCAUUUCUGACAUCAGUUUUAUGUCAUAUGUGCACUGACUGAGCUGUUUGUCAAAGCCACAAAACCAAUAGUGAUGCAAAAGCCUAGACUGCUUGCUGAGGUAGUCUUCGGUUUGGUUUAGCAACAGCCUGGGACAUAGGAGGAAAAAACUUUAAUAAAGCAGGAAUAGUGUUAAGUCAAUGCUCAUUAACUUGGAAGGAUCUUGAACUGGUGGGGAAAAAGCAGAAGAGAGCUCGGCACUGAUAAUUAUACUGAUGAACAGGUAACAAGUGCAGAUUCAAAUAAGAAGCCUGUGGUUUAAGAGUUGAAAAUAGAAAGGGACAUAGCGAUACGGGGGUGUGGGGGGUAUUCACUGUCAUUGCUCAAGCCCCCAAAGCUUGCGGUUCGGUGUUGCUCAACCAUUAGGUUGAAUUUAAGGGAAAGGGAGUGUUUUUGGGGGGGGAGGGGGAAGAUGUGUGCAUAGGGAGGUGGUUGGGUUUUAAGCAUUUAUUGCUAGCAUCUCAGUUUGAGCAGAAGGGUGACCACUUGCCCUGCCCAGCAACUCAGCUGCAGAACGGCUGGCGUUUCAGGCUGCCAGCUGGUUUGCAACUGUGGGGGAAAAGGUGAAGGAAGGAAGCGACAGUUUCAGGAGCUUAGAAAACUGGGCCUGUUAGCUCUCAGCCUUGAAGGAUUUUAGGAUGUUGAAGAUAGAUACCCAAUUUGAGGUAAACCAUGGUUUAUGGCUGAUGUCUAUAUAUUUUUUUCUUGCUAGUGCAGAAAGGCUAGUGUUAGCAACAAAAGUCAUUAACUUAAACCUGUACAGUACAAUGGUCUUGUGUGUCAUCUGUAACUGUCUCACAUAGACUACUUUUUCUUUCUGACUUGCUUUUGCUGCAGCAUCUAUCUUCCUUCCCCCAUGGUGUCAGCAGGCAGAAUGGUGAAAGCUUCAUAGUUGUAGGGAAACUGAGAAAUUCUAGCGUUAGUUACGGCAUUCUCAAAAGACCUGCUUGGCACAAGUAAAGAAACUGAACUGCAAUACUUAAAGUAUCAAACAUUUAUGUAUGUAUUUGAUGGUGUAAAGUAGCACUGAGUAAGAUGAACUCAAACAGUAACAUUCCUUGACCUGACAAUUUUCAUUUAAAUCUUUAGGUGGAGCAAUUUUUUCUACUCUUGCAUCUUCUUAGAUUGUAAUCUCUGAAGGCCAGGAAUCUGUGAAGUGUCUGUGUACACUGUGGUGCUAUCUAAAUAAACGACCUGUUCAGUUUAAAAAAAAACUUGUGUAACUCCUGUAAUAUAAAAUGGGCUGUUGGUUUUUAGAAAAGUCUUAAAGAUACAUUUUUUGAAUUAGUCUGUGCUAGGUAAGCAGUAGGACAAAAUAACAGGCUUCCUGGAACUUGCUGUAAGCCACAAAUUACACUGUUCAAAAGCUGUGUAGUUGUCCUUUGUGUCUGAAUGGGUAUCUCCCUUUGGAUCUGGCACCUGCUAUGUAUGGCAGUGAAACAGGAAAGAAUCAUCUAAAAUGAUUAGUCUUGAUUUAUAAAUGAGAGAUUACUUUUUCUCAUAAGUUAUCUUUCUUUGCCCCUUUACUCUCCCCCAAUGAACACUACUUACCACAGGUCAGAAAUCAAUGCAUUACUUGUCAGCCUUUUAAUUACAGCCCAGGAGGAAGGACAUGCUUUCACUAUGCAUUUAUUCACAGAAAAGGGCUUUUUUGUGAAGCUGAAGACCUGUCUUCUCAAUUCUUCCACAACUUAGGUUUGAGAUAUGUUUUUUUUUUUUUUUAAAUUGGUAAAGUAAAAUCAUUACUAAGGAUUUUUAAUUUGGGCCCUGCUGGUUCAGCACUUACCUGUCUUCACCCUUCUGCAAUUCUUUUAAACCUAGUUAAAAGCUGUAGCAGCUAAGAUUCAGUGCUACAAAGAAAUGCAGUACUUGAUUAGACUUGAUAUCAUCAGCUGUGCUCUGUAAGAAAUAAUGCUUACCAUCUUUACAGUUGGAUCAAGCAAGUACGAGCAAUGAAAUGCUAGUUUAAAGAAAUUUUUAUUAGUAAUGCAUAAACAAGAAAUUGCAUUUCAGUACCAUGUAACAUGAAAACAAGCAGAAGAAAAUUCUAAUGCCUUUCUCGAUUAUAACCGAAGGAGCUGGUGUACCUGAAGCCACAGAGAAACUACAUGCGCAUUGAUAGCACAGAAGUGCAAGGUAUUGAAGUUCAAAGGGAAAGAGUUUGUGCUUUAUGCCUGUUCAUUCCAAAAAAAUAUCUCUCGUUUGAGAUUUUUUUUUUUUAUUAAGGGAAUGGGGGGGACCAGCUUUAAUAGCAAUACAGCUGAAAUAAAUAAAUACACUCAUUUUACGUAUUGCAUCUUUGUUUCACUUCCAAGUUCACAGGUUAUGUAACCACCAACCUCUUCAAAUAAAAACAUGCUGUUUUAAACUUGG